UGCUCACCGUCCAACGAAAAUUUUUGCUGCCACGCAUGCGAACGCUUAUUUGCUCGCCUCAGUAUCUAAAAAUGGCACGAUUUGGCUUGCGAAACUUAUGCACGCCCCGUUGUGCCAGAUACUGUCAAUCACAUCCUACCGUGUCAAUAUGGCAGACGUGAACAAGCGAUUCGGUCGGCUCGGCCCUGUCUUAAAGAGGGGCCCGCCAUCCGGGGAAGUCUGCAUCAUAUAAACAAUCCCAAUUACCCAUCGAUCGAUACGGGUCCUUGAUGCUCCAACAUCAGAUAUCUAAUCCCACACUUCUAAGUCUUCGGGGCCUUAGUUCAUGACUCUUCUGUGUCUUGGGCACUACUGAGAAGCCUAUUCCUGUAUAUUCAUAUCAUCCUAACCCACAACCUCGCUGGCCGAGGCUGUAAUUGCUCUGGUGGGAGCUCAGUAGCCAAAAUGGCGACCGCACAAGAAAACAGCUAUCAAGUUAGCCUUGAAAUGCUCCAGACUGCCGCCAAAAACCCUUUAUUUUCAACGUUUUCUAGCCCGCCCUCAGAGACAACCGAGAUCAUGGAUACUGAUUUCGAAUCUGAUUAUAAUGACGAAUUUGAUAAUUCGCCAAGAAGAAGUGCAGGAUCCCUGGUGGCCGACAGUGUCACAACCGCCUCGACUCCAAGGGAGAUUCCUACUCCAGAUUCAGCCGGAGCUUUGUCGGCGUUCCACUUUCACUUCGAUGACGAAACGACCAUGGGACCUAGCGGUCCUCACUUGUUCCGAUCCUCAGUGAGCUCUGACGAGUACAAGUCUACGUAUGAAGUGGACUUUUUCCUCGCAAAGACUCCCACAACUGCUGUCUUCAGCAAGCAACACACCUCAGCGCUACGACCUCAGAGGAGGAAGGACACCCCACUACCCGAGCAUACCGCCGAGUCUCCUGCUCAGACGCAGCUUCAGUCGAUCAAUGCUGCUGUGUCUGCGCUAGAUGAGGCCGAAGUGAGAUCAUGGUCACCACCAGAUGUUGUUCGGUGGAUGCAAAAUGCCGGAUUUGACGAUGGAAUUGUCGAGAAAUUUUUCAUCAAUGACAUCUCUGGUGCCAUUCUCCUAGAAUUACAGGUAGAAGACCUAAAGGAACUGGAUAUCCAGUCUUUUGGUAAACGACGUCACCUCAUGAACUCAAUCCAGCACCUUCGAGACAGUGUCAUGGUUUCCUCAGCCGACAUGCAGACACCUCUGGCCUGUACUCCACAGAGUAGAGGGUCAACAUCACCUGAUUCCUCAUCAUCCAGCGAAUGUGCUUUCGCUAACAAUGACAAAGAUAGUAAGAAGGGAAGUCACAAGAAGCACCGACGACACCGUCAUCGCCGAACACCCAAAGAAACAAUCCCCACCAUCAAAGACUUCAACCCAGAAGAUCUAGCGUCAAUAGUAGCCAUUGAGCAAUUCUUGCCACGGCCGCAUCGUUGCUCCAAGGGCGAAGAUUGUCGCAAGUGGCAAAAGCAGCAGCGCAAGAUUGCCCGCUUGGCUAAGGAUCUACCAAUUGAUAUAAACGCAGCUUCCCAAUUACUCUCAGACCAAAAUCAAUACAACCCUCCGCAAACAUCCAAAAGCUUGCCUGGUACCGAACCCAUGUUAACGCCAUCUAUUGUUGCGUCAUCAGAUGUACUUGGACCGGAACAGCCAGCGCACUUUCAUUUGUCUGAAGAGAAACUUAACGAAGUGUGCCAACGUGACCCACAAGAGAGUGUCCGCCAGUUUUUGACCUUUCAACACCUGAGUCCCAUACAAACGGAUAACGGCGUGAGCCCUGUCCAGACUGGACUUUAUCAACCACUAGAUGUCGAUUCACCCGACUCCACAAGAACUACUGCCUCGUUAGCAGAGAACCUUCGGACUCUACCCAAAUUAACAAUUCCAGUGUCUCAUGACUACAUAGUUUCUGGCAGUUUGUCUGCAAGCCUGUCUGCUCAGCGAACAGUCACUCCAUCUAUUUUGCGCAGAAAGCCAAAUUUUUCUUCCGUGAGCAUUGAUGGCACACUUCAUGCGGCGAACCAACAACCGUUCUCGUACGGUCAGUAUACCUCUCCUGUGGACUAUCACGGCUCUCCGUCAGAUUUCUACCGCUCCGAUGAGCGUUAUCAUCAAUCUACCCCAUUAUCCGAGGUUGAUGUUCCAAUUACUGCCAUUCCCGCUGUUCCUAUUGAAAGGAUCAUCUCACAAUCUGUUCCUCCAAAUAUGCGCUUUGGAUAUAAACUUUCUGCUGCCAUGGCAGAACCCAUCCGCCGCCCUACAUCAACCAAAGCCGAGAAUCACCGCAGGGACCCAUUUUACAACGGACCUACUAUUCAGAUCCUAGACCGAGUAGAUGAAUCUAUGGGACCAAUUGACACAAUAGAGGACUUUACCGCCACUCCCAAAGCUACUCCAAGAUCUCCGACUGAUAUCGUUCAACGCGGUUAUAUGAAGAAGCGCAAAACCACGCGCCUACUGAGACAUGAAUGGGAGAAUCAUCACUUCACCCUCAAGGGUACUCGUCUGGCCAUGUAUGACGAUGAAGAUUCUUCUCGUCGGGACUCAAAGGCCCUUGAGUAUAUCGAUGUCGAUGACUAUGCAGUCGCUUGCUCCUCAUUGGCUUCAAGCUCAAAGCUGACAGCUGCAUUUAAGAAGACUGUCCUCAAACGCAGAGACAACGCGCAAGGCGAGGGCGCUUUUGCUUUCUCCUUGAUUCCCACUCCCAACGGAAGCCAAUCCAGCUCUGAAUGGAAGGGUUUCUUCAACAAUUCAGUCAAACCUCAUCACUUCGCAGUUACGUCCCGAGAUGAACGCAUUGAUUGGAUGCGAGAACUAAUGCUGGCUAAGGCCCUCAAGAAGGGCAAAGAGAGUGGUGACUCCGUCCAUCUAAAUGGACAGAUGUUUUAA